AUGUCGGAUGUCACCUUCAGAUACAAUUCGGGUGGCCCAAAGACUCAGAUACUGCUCGCGAAGGACAGGAUCAAGAGCAACGAGGGCCUGGGAAUCUGGCAUGUUGGGAUUUAUGCGUGGAAGGUCUACUCCACCACCAGCCAGCUCCAGAAGUUGAAGGAUGACUAUCAGAGGGCGGACGUGAAGGGCUUGCCCAUGGGCAAGCCGCGUUUCACUCAAGGGACUGUCCAGCAGGGCACCGGGAGGGCCACUGAGGGCUUUGCACUCAUCGUCGAUUGGGUGGAUGGCUCUCCGUUCGAUUUCCAUCAACCACCAAGACCCUUCAGGAAGGCACUUGAGACACAAAAUAUCCCCCAUAGCAAAUCCGACAGGGAUUAUACCAGAGUAAAGGGUGGAUGCCAGAGUGCAGAGAAUAUCGGCUUGCAGGACUGUCAGGGGUUCGUGAAGCAGGGAGCAGGGGAACCCCUCAUAUUCAUUGAUGUCCAUACAUCGUGGAAUCCCCAAACCCAGAAAUACGGCUCCAGCCGGCAGGCGGCCGAUAUGGUCAGUGACAUUACAAACUGGGGUACUAGUCCUUGA